GUAAAAGCAGCAGCAAUGUUGUCCAUAAAUCAAGUUGUGAUAGCACUGGUUGUCUUCCUUUUGGUUAUGCAGUUUUUAAAGUUGCAACGAGCACGGAGACGCUUUCCUCCUGGACCGACCCCUCUCCCCGUUCUUGGCACCUUGCUGCAGCUGAACUUCCAGAUCAAUCGUGACUGCCUCAUGAAGUUGGCAAAAACUUACGGCAAUGUGUUCACCUUGUGGUUUGGAUGGGCCCCGGUGAUUGUACUGAAUGGAUUCCAAGCAGUGAAGGAUGGUAUGACCACACAUCCCGAAGAUGUGUCUGGGAGGCUGGUGUCUCCUUUCUUCAGAGCUAUGGCCAAAGGAAAAGGGAUUAUGUUGGCCACUGGUCACACAUGGAAGCAGCAGAGGAGGUUUGCACUGAAGACUCUACGCAACCUGGGUCUGGGGAAGAGAGGUCUGGAACAACGAGUGCAAGAAGAGGCCCAGCACCUGCUGGAAUUCUUUGCAAGUUUGAAAGAGAAACCUCUGGAUCCUUAUUACCCUCUCAUUCAUUCCGUCUCCAAUGUAAUUUGUGCCGUUGUUUAUGGACACCGCUUCUCCAGAGGGGAUGAAACCUUCCAUGAACUGAUUAGAGCCACAGAGCAUAUCUUCAAAUUUGGAGGCAGCCUUCUUCACCAUCUGUAUGAAAUCUUCCCCUGGCUGAUGUGCCAUCUCCCUGGUCCUCAUAAGAAAGCAUUGUCUUGCUAUGACAUUUUGAGCUCUUUUACAAGGAGGGAGAUCAGAAGGCACAAGGAGAGAGAGCUACCAGAUGAACCGCAGGAUUUCAUUGACUUUUAUCUAGCUCACAUUGAAAAAUCUGGAGAUGAACCCAAGUCUACGUACAAUGAAGAAAACAUGGUUUAUUCUAUAAAUGACCUCUUCUUGGGUGGAUCGGAGACAACGAGCACUACUUUGAACUGGGGCCUCCUCUAUAUGGUGGCAUAUCCAGAUGUCCAAGAGAAAGUGCAGAAGGAGCUGGAUGCUGUUUUGGGUCCUUCCCAGACCAUCUGCUAUGAGCAUCGGAGAGAACUGCCCUAUACGAAUGCUGUGAUCCAUGAGAUCCAGCGCUUCAGCAACAUUAUCUCUAUUGGCAUGCCCAGGGUGUGUGUGAGGAACACAACAUUGCUGGGAUUUCCCCUCAAAAAGGGCAGCAUUGUUCUUCCAAAUAUUGCUUCUUCUUUGUAUGACCCAGAGCACUGGGAAACACCUCGACAGUUCAACCCUGGUCAUUUCUUGGAUAAGGAUGGAAACUUUGUGAGCCAAGAAGCCUUCUUGCCAUUCUCAAUAGGGCACCGGGUGUGUUUGGGGGAGCAUCUGGCAAGGACUGAGCUCUUCAUUUUCUUUGCCAACCUGCUGCGGGCAUUCACCUUCCGGCUCCCUGAGGGAGUGACGACGACCAACACUGAGCCCAUUUUUGGGGGCACACUGCAGCCCCACCCAUACAAGGUGUGUGCCAUCCCACGCUAGGCUGCGGACAUCACAGACCACCUGCACAGCAGUCUUACUUUUGUGAACAUACGGUCUCGAGACCGUAUAUACCAACUACAUGGUCGCGUGACCAUAUUACUUUUUCCCCUACUGCUCAGAAAGUCCCUUUUAUCUACAGUAGAGGAUUUUUUUUUCGA